AAGUGUAAGGUUCACUGUGAAAGUAUCCUAAAUUGGGUAUUAUUUCACAACAUUAAUUCAUAUUUUAAUUGAUUCUAUUAUGUUACGAGGAAUAGUGGCAACACCGCUCUUGAGGGAGACUGACAUUUGAUUGACAGAAGGGAAUAGAUGUCAGGCGAGAUGUCAGAAAAAGGAGGCAAUCGGGUUUUUGGGAUGAAAAAUGGUGGUUCGAGGUGUGGAUUAUAAAAAUGUAAUUUAUUGCUAAAACUAUGAAUAAUGCUGAAAGUCAUGGGAAUAAACCUAUAUCGUGUACGUUUGGUGGUUUUACUAUAGAUCAGAAGCGUUGGAGACGAGACGAGAAAACUGGACCACCCAAGAUAUAUGGGAUGCAGCAGAUGCUGUUGAAGAUGGACAAAGAUGAGGCUGCGGUGCGGCUGUGUAUGCGGUGCGGCCGUGCCUGCGGUGCGGCUGUGCCUGCAGUACGGCUGUGCCUGCAGUGCAGCUGUGCCUGUGGUGCGGCUGUGCCUGGGGUGCGGCUGGGGCUGUGCCUGCGGCUGCGGUGGUGCGGCUGGGGUUGCCAGCGUCUACAUCUCCGGGUGCAGGCCUGGAGUUGGAGCCGUGGUGACAGCGGCUGUCAGGGCUGUCAACAUCAAUAUCAACCGGACCAAGGCUGGAGGAACAGUGGAGGAGAUGGCUAUCAGUGGUGUCAGUACCCAGACCGAAGACACCAGACCAUACCAUACCAGACUGAGGCGGGAGUCUGAACUUCGGUUUGCAUGCUCAAUGGCCGACGGGCGGCAGUGGCGACGCUGUCAUCAACAGGACUGGAGCUACAUCUACAGUUGCAUGAUCACCAUGAUUAUUAUAAGGAGCACCGAACUGGGUGUUAUUUACAUAUUAUUUAGUUAGUUUUGAUCAGGUGCAUAAAGUUACUCGUAAUGUAGGUUAAUAAAGGUAUGAGGUACCUAUGUUAUGGUUAUAAGGAAAGGGAAAAUUAAUUUGAAACCUGGAUGAAUUCCAUUGCAUUGGUAUUGUUAUUAAUUUUGAAUGGUGGUUGCACAGUUAUCUUGGAAUGUUUUAUUUACUUAUACUUAAUUGCUUUUUGAUAUAGUGAUUUUGGAGGUUUUACAGUUGCUUCAAGUUUGAUGAUAGAAUGUUCAUUUGAGGAAGUCUUGAUGGUUUUGAUUGCAUUGGCUGUGAGUCACAGAAGGGUUGCACUGGAGGAGUAAUUAAUUUGUUGGUCGGGCUUUGUAUAUUAUUCCAAUGUAAAAAGGAAAUAUUGCGCAUAAUAAUUGCGUAACUAAUUUUGAUAUGGAAUUGGAGUAAAGUCACAAUAGGUAUAAAAGUACCUAAGUGCUUUGUUCUCUUUUGUGGUGUACCUAUAUUAAACCGAAACGAUAAUUAUAUUCUUAGAGUCCUCCUCUUAAAAUAUGUCAUGUGAUAUGGUGUCAUGGGUGCUAUAAUUCAUUUUGUGAUUGAAUGAUUCUUUGUUUCAUAAAUGUACUCAGUUUUACAAGGGCAUCAUUUGAUUUUGAUUCAUUAUCUAAAAUAUUUGAUAUACCUACCUACUUCAGAUAAUGACAUUUACUUGAAAGGAACAUUGUUGUUGCUUGCAGUAUUGGUGGGGAAUAAGGUGGUAAAGAAGGAAAUAAAGUGACCUGGCAGGGACUGAUGUCCGGCAGGGCGAGACUCUUUGGUUUUCCAUCCGUUCUCGACCACGUUGAAGGGUUCAUGUACCUUCUGUAGACCUUUAGUAUGUCUACCCACUCACAAAGAGGUUAUUGUUGAGUGGGCCUGUUGAUUCCAUGAAGAUGGGGUAGGUGGAAGCGAAUCUUGUAUCCAGCAUCUGUGUAGUAGGUACCUAUCAGUCAGCUGUUGUCGACAGACUUGAAUGACGCUAUCUCCUAACAAGUAUUCAGUAGGUACCUACAUACAUUUACUUGAGUUUAAAAUUCCUAAGCCAUUAUUGAGUCUGUUCGCAAUGAUUUCAAAUGAAGCUACAAUACGGAAUACUGUAUGCCUUUUGUCAUUGCCUUGCGAUUCUGGGACUGUGUGUCAUAAAUACUUAUAUGUUGCAUUUCAAGUGUUAUAGUUGGAUCUAAUAAUUUUAUUUUAUUAAUAAUAUAUUAA